UUGAAUGAGGGUAGGCAUCUAAUCUAAUAUUGAGUUAGAAACCGGUAAUAAUAUUGUUGUUUAUUCAUGAAAGGGUAGUAGGUGUAAUGAAGCUAGAUUUGACAAAAUAAAUAGCAUUGUAAUACUCUCUGCAUUCUCUUAUUUGAAAAACAAGACAAAAAUUAUUUUUGUGUUUUCUAAUUAGAAGUUAGGCUCAUAGUUUCUUAGAUACCACCUUUGUGAUUAGAAAGAACCUAAGUAAAACCUCUUCCUUAACUAGAAGUUUGAAUGUGUUUUGCUUUAUCAUAAACUAUUAUUUAAACCCAAAAUCUAAGUUGUAUUUUUCACAAACACAAACACUUGAAUUCAAUCAUGUCUAAGAUGAUCCACUACUUGUUGAUUUUCUUAUUGUUCGUAAUGUCUUGCUAUGUUGCUGCAUUCGAUUACUACACACUCAGUAUGCAGUGGCCACCAUCUUUUUGUAUAUUUUCCACUAAAAAAUGCCGCCCGAGUUCGAUUCACGAUACGACUUUUCGUGUCCACGGGCUGUGGCCCUCCAAUAUUAAUGGAGAACAACCGAGAGCGUGCAUUGUCCCUAGCAAAAGUCUACCAGUGCGUAUGUUACCAGAGCGUGAUAUUCCCGUAAAUCUCAGGACUGAUCUAGAUUUGUUUUGGCCGAAUUUCUAUUUACAUGGAGAUAACUAUGACUUUUGGAGUGUUCAAUGGAAUGUACAUGGCACAUGCUCACAUUAUCCAACUAUGCCUUUGCAUUAUCAGGGGCAAUUUUGGCGGCUUUAAGAAUAGGAUCUAGAUUUGUUAAAACCGCCAAAAUUGUCCCUGAUAAUGCAAUC